AUGGCUCUCUUUGCAGUUUUUCAGACAACAUUCCUCUUGGCAUUGCUGUCCUUGAGAACUUACGAAAGUGAAGUCUUGUCUGAACCUUUAUCAUUAACUCCUGAAUUGCUGAAAGUUUCUGUCAAUUCUACGCAUCAGUGUUUGCAUUUACAAUGGACUGUCCACAGCCUCGCUUAUCAUCAGGAAUUGAAAAUGGUUUUUCAGAUACAGAUCAGUAGAUUUAAAACAUCCAAUGUCAUCUGGGUGGAGAACUACAGCACCACUGUGAAGCGGAACCAAGUCCUGCAUUGGAGCUGGGAAUCCAAGCUCCCUCUGGAAUGCGCAGCACACUUUAUAAGAAUGAGGAGUAUGGUGGAUGACGCCAGGAUUCCCAAGCCAGGGUUCUGGAGCAACUGGAGUUCAUGGGAAGAAGCAGAUGCACAGAAUUUGCUUGGACAUGAUCCAUUGUUUGUUUUCCCUAAAGAUAAGCUGGUGGAAGAAGGCUCCAACGUCACCAUUUGUUACGUUUCUAGGAUCCAUCAAGAUAACAUAUCCUGUUAUUUGGAAGGUGUACAGAUAUAUGGAGAACAGCUUGAUCGAAGUGUGUCUGCAUUCGAGUUGAAGAACGUGUCUUUUGUUAGGAAAAAAGGGACAAAUGUCUUCUGUAAGGUGGACCAGGGAGGUGUUUUGGGAGGCAUCGUUCUCUUUGUCUCAAAAGUGCUUGAAGAGCCCAAGGACUUUUCUUGUGAAACCCAGGACCUCAAGACUUUGACCUGUACUUGGGAUCCCGGGAGCGACACUGGCUUGACUAAACAGCCUUCCCAAAGCUAUACUUUAUUUGAAUCAUUUUCCGGAAAAAAGACACUUUGUAAACACAGAAACUGGUGUAAUUGGCAAGUGGCUCAAGACUCACAAGAAACGUAUAACUUCACACUCCUGGCUGAAAACUACUUAAGAAAAAGAAGUGUCAGUAUUCUUUUUAACCUGACCCAACGAGGUGAGACUUGA